AUAAACAGUUGACAUCAUUGUUCUAGAAAGAUUAGCCUGUUGGCAGAGUCACUAUGCAAGUGUGCAUGGGGACAGAGACUGGCUGGGAUGGGAGGACUAUAAAUACUGUGGCCGAGAGCACAGCAGCACCCAUCUCAGAAAAAGUCAAGAGUCCGCCUUCAUACCCAUUGCUUUUACAUCUCUUCUUCAACCCCAUAAUGGAUAUCCCCAUCCAGUAUCCGUGGUACCGACGGGCCUUCCCACAUCGACUCUCUGACAUCUCCUUGGCAGAACCUCUCACUGAUUGGCCACCAAUCUGGCCCUUCCCCUGGUCCUUCCCUUGGUUCCGCCCUUCAUCCCAGCGCUGGUUCAACUGGCCCGACAAUGGACACAGUGAGGUGCGCAUUGAAAAGGAUCGCUAUGUAAUUCUUCUGGAUGUGAAGCAUUUCUCACCCGAGGAGUUGUCUGUCAAUGUCAGUGACGAGUUCAUCACAAUACACGGCAAACAGGAGGGCAGACAGGACGACCACGGCUUCAUGUCAAGAGAGUUUCUGAGGAAGUACAGGCUUCCGGCUGGCGUGUCAUGUGCUGAUGUCACAUCCAGUCUGUCACUUGAUGGUAUCCUUACCAUCACUGCACCUCGCUCCUCUCCCGGCGCAGAGCGCACUAUUCCUGUUUCCUGUGAGGACGGAAUACCGAAACAGAAGAUGUAAAGCAGAGUCUAACACUCCACUGCUUUACUAUUAACCCCAAGUUCUUCCUGUUUUUAACUGACCUGUUACAGCUUUGUUGGCAGUUUAGCAGAAAUAGGAUUGCAGGUCUAGUGGUCUGUGAGUGCAAGUGCCUUCUAAUAAAUUUGUAUCUAAUUCCUAACUCAGUUUUAUUUGAAUAUCUCUUAAAGACAGCAAUGCUUUAAACCCAAAGACUAAUAUGUUGUUCUUAUGUAACAGUCUAUUUGACAUAUUGUGUUUGUUUUACAGUGGAGGCACAGAAUAAUGGAAUUAUAGUAGUUAAUUUCCCAAUCACAAGGCAGAAUCCCUCUUUUAACCAUGCCUAUCUGCCUGAAAAAAUGUUAUGUAAAUAAAACUGUGAUAAUAUUUUCGAAAGGUAUUUCCUUUCCUUCAUCAGACAUUUCCAAAUGUUAUUUGAUUAUAUGAUGUACCUGUUCUCCAGUUCAGUGAUACAAUUGGUAGCAUUUGUUCAUUGAAAGCAAACUGCUAAAAUGUUGAUUUAAAGUAGUUUCGAAAGGGUCCACUGAAGAUUACAACAGACUAAAAUUGUCCCACUUCAUUGAAUUUACAUUAUGAAGUACUGUUUGAGUGGUAAAGAGUAAGAUGUCAACUGUGCUUUGUUUAUUCUUUCAGUGUUGGUUUCUGUACGUGUGCGGAGGAGGAAGUUCUCUGGAGGCACAUGCAGUGAUUUUUAGUCUGAUGUUUACUAAAAGAAAGCCACCGAAGGACUUGGACCACGUGUGUGUAAAGACACAGGGCGAAUGAGUCGAAGGAAAAUAAUUGUGCGAGGAAGGAACUAAUGUUUGGAAACAGACAGCUUUCUUCAUUGGGCUUGUUAGAGUGAGUGCAUAUGCGAUUGUAGAUGUCCAAGUGUAUGCCCUGUCAUUCCCUCGUAUUGACAAAAACCUCUCUGGCAUAUUAACACAGACAACAAAAAAUAAAUGUUGAAACUCAAUCAUCGGGCUGCUUAGUGUUCUUUUUAUAUCUGAAGUGUUUCUUUUUUUCAUAAGAACUUCCCACAAAACCCACAUAUACUGUAUAUUAUUG